UUUACUUAAUUUCCAAGAUGGCGUUUAGCAAUUGUGUCAGACAAAAUAUUUGCUGCAGACUUUUUCCCAAUUAUUCCACUUUUCCAAGAGUUUAGCACAGGUGUUUUCAAUUAAAGUGACUUCCCUUGUGAUCUUUGGUGUGUGCAACGUGAAAAUUAGUGCUCAAGGGUGUGGUAUUUGUGGCCAGAAGGCAGGGAAAUUGUUUUUUUUUUGCACAAAGUGAAAACAGAAUUCAUUGUAGAAAAAUUUGUGUUGAUUUUUGAUGUCAUCUUCGGUGUCUGAAGCGAAAUCACUGUGUUUUGCAUUGAAACUUGUGCCAAGAUAGAAAACUUUUACGUGCUAUUGCUGUGUUGAAAUCGUGCGGGAAGAUAUUGACCAGAAGAAAAAAGAUUUUUGCUUCUUUGGAGACUGCCAGACAGAGACAUCCACAUCCAGCCAUCUCGCUUGCAUCUUUUUUUUUUCACACCUUGAUACCUUUUUUUGCCAGAUCCGGAAAACUCACGCAGAGCGAAACUUCACAUACAACAAUUUGGAGAUAAUUGAGGAAAAAUGGCAUCCAAAGAAGAAGUAAUUUUUCGCGACUGCGUGGCCCUCAUUCACACUAGUUUAGCUGCCACUUCAGCGACAGUGAAUGCUGAAGCCGAUAGCCUUGAUGGAGAAAAUGCUGCCCCUGCGAACGGCACCGCCGGAAUUUUCCGGGCAGUUGUAUGAUGUGCAAGUGGAGAGUGAUGUGGUAGAUAAGAGAGAAUCGUACGAUGGUGGUAAAUUUGAUGCUGAGGACAAUUUGAGUAUAUUUUUUGGUGGUGGACACAGUGAUAAGUGGGUGAGUGAGAGGAGGAAGUGUGUGAAAGAGACAUCACUGUCGAAGAAAGUGCAAGGAACUGAGGAACAUUUUUUUUCGGCUGCCGAAGACGGUGGCGACGAUACAUUUGAUAUUAUUGGUGAAAACUGCAUGAAGAGCUCAUGCGAGGAGACGACCAGCACGCUUUUUGCACCCAGCAGCUUUUCCACAAAUUGGCCACACGCGCUCAGUGGCAGCAAUAGCAGUGAUUUAUCGAAUAAUGCUCAGGACAUUGCUUUUCCACGGUCUAUAUUUAGCAAGAAGGGCAUCAACUGCUUCAGCGACGUCUCCAUAGCUAAGAAGCAACUGUAUUUAGUAAAUAACAGUGUCAAUAGAGAGGCAGAGAAACCUCUGCUCAAUUGCACUGAAGACAUCACCCAAGACUACACCACAGAAGAUUUAUCUGAACAAUCUUCUGUUGGAUCUUUUGAGGAUCUCCAGGAGGAAAUUGUGCAAUUUCGCCAGAAGAUCCAGACAACAAGUCGUAAACUUCAUCAGGAAAAUCGUCGUAGUUUGCAACUUCAUUUAUUUUCCGAUGGGAAUAGUAGUGAACAAAAGCAACACAGUAGACAUUCGUGGUACGCACCCACAAAAAGCUAUGAUACUCUUUUCGAGGACACUGAACAGGAAGUGAAAGAGAGUUUUCUGCAUCACAAUCUGGCGGCACAUCGUCAACAUAUUAAUAGUGAGACGCGUGAUUCGACUGCGUUGCUUGAGCGGACGCUGCAUCAUACACCUGGUCGUGGGGGCAGAUCAAGGAUAAGUGCAUCCUCGACGACAAUUCAGGAGCUCCAGAGUGGCCCCCAUGUCGCGAAUUCGGCAAAUGCGACAUCACUUGGGGGCCCACCAGCGCCGCGAAUGCGACGUUUUGAGCAAUUGCUGAAGAAUCUCGUGGGCAAGAAGACUAGUUCGUCUGCAGGAGGGGGGGCUGGGGGUGGUGGUGGUGGGGUUUGUGAGUCAACGGGACGUCUUACACAGCCCCAAUUGCAGAUUGAUAAAAGUCCCUCGGAGUAUGAUCUCACGCGUGAAAAAACAAAACGUAUUGGAGGCUCAACGUCCUCACUCAACAGUGUCCAGCAGAGGCUGUGGACGGUGGUGCCACUGCUCAAAAGGGACACUGGAGGCAGUUGUUCGAGUCUGGACAAAACGCCACCUACACGUGGCACUUCGUGUGCAACUGGGAGGCAGGAGAAUAAUGCGGUGAAUAUGCGGAAGUGUGAGACGUACUUGACACUGGCUCAGCCCCAAUUGGAACCCCUGAAGCCACUCAAUCGGCUACGGAACUCUGCCUCAAUCGCCACCUGCUCACGGUGCUCUAGUCUUCUGUCCUUGGCAGCUGCCGACUCACGCUACUCACUCAAUGUCUCCGGGGGUGGCUUUGUGCCAAUUGAUGGUGGAGCCAUUGGCGGCAGUGGCAAUGUUAGUGAUUCCUCAUGCUAUUCAUCUUCCGUCCAAGUGUCCUCGCACCGUGACAGCAGUUCAGCAGCCAUCAUGAUAAUUCCAUGCAAACUCUGCCUCUGUGAGGUCAAUCGACAUCAAUUGACCAAGAUUCGACAGUGUGGAUGCUCCUUUUGCACUGAGUGCAUGAAGGCCUACAUUGAGUUCGAAAUACUCGAGGGCGCCUAUGAAAUCUCAUGUCCGGAUGCAAUGUGUCCAAUGCAGGGUAUUAUAUCAAUCCAAGAAGUCUCAAAUUUGGUGCCUACGAGUCUCCUGGAGAAGCAUCAUCGCUAUCGGUUGAACAGAGAGGUGGAGAAAGACAGAAAUAGAACGUGGUGUCCGAAAGCUGGCUGUGAAACGGUGUGUUUGGUUGAUGCUGGUGCAUCGAGCACAUCUCCGGUACCAACGAGUCGUAGCGUAACGUUUCAGCUUCCCCAUACAGCCAGUGGAGCUGGGUGUUCUGCCCUCCCUCCGCCCUGUCUCGUGCACUGUCCCACGUGCCGGGAAGACUUCUGUUCGGGAUGCAAGAAGGCGUGGCACCCAUUGAUGACUUGCGAAGAAAACACUCGACGCUUGGCAGCCGAUGGUCGCGAUACUGACAACAUUGGCGUCCUGUUUGACGGUGACCUCAUCAAGUGCUGCCCAAUGUGUGCUGUGCCAAUUGAGAAGGAUGAGGGCUGUGCUCAGAUGAUGUGCAAAAGAUGCAAGCAUGUCUUCUGUUGGUACUGCUUAGCCAGUCUCGAUGAUGACUUCCUUUUGCGGCAUUAUGACAAGGGUCCGUGCAAGAAUAAAUUGGGUCAUUCGAGGGCUUCCGUUGUAUGGCACAGGGCGCAGGUGAUUGGUAUUUUUGCGGGAUUCGGAAUACUCCUGCUGGUAGCGUCGCCCCUUCUCCUCCUUGCAGCUCCCUGUAUUGUUUGCUGCAAGUGUCGCAUCUGUAGUGGAGCUGCCAAAUUGGAGGAACAGGAGGGGGCCUUUGAUGAUGCUGUAAGACUUCAGAGGUAAAAGGCAAUCUGUGCGUAUAUGUCUUUUUUUCUAUAGCGCGCCAAUGCGGACAGAUUUGCAAAAUCGUGAUGAAGAGCAUUUUAUCUUUUUGAGCUUACACAACAAUUAUAAAGUAAACAGUGCAAAGGAGAAAAAAAGAAAGUUGCAAAAGAAAGGAAAUCACCUAGUCUCAAAAAAGAUAAUCACUAAAUAGAUUUCAUACUUAAUUAAUUUAUUACAUUGUAAGAUAGAUUUGUAUUUCUUCACUUUGUCUUUAAUUUUUCUUUUUCUUUUUUUUUUUUGAUUUUUAACAAUUUGGGUACAGUUGAGGACAUAUUUGUGGAUACAUUAUUAAGUUGUAUUAGAGAAAUUCAUUUCCUAAGGAUUCUACUCAGUCUUUUAUCAACAACUUUUAUCAGUCGGAACUUCCCAAAGAGAAAAGACAUUCAGAGAUCUCUUUCGAAAACCAAAGAAAAGACAUUUUCAUUGCUUAUUUGAUCCGCGUGGUAGCUGAAGUUUUCAUUUGGAAUUUCGAAGUGUCUCGGAAGUAGUCAGUGAGCCCAAUCACAAGUAGAUUUUGAUUCUCCAAUAGUGUCUUGGAUAAAAGGUAAAUGGAACUCUAUUUGCACAAAAAGUCAUUGAAGUUCGAAGAAUUCAAAUUCAAUUUCGAAUUUUCAUGCUAAAUUUUCUAACAAGGUGGGGAAAAUUUAUCAAAUAUCACACUAAAAAGCUGGCAAAAGAAUUACUCAGUGAUUAUGGAGUUAUUAAAUAAUCGCAUAAGAACAGUAAACGUAGUUGUUUUAUUUUGUUCCUCACAAUAAUGUGAAGACCGUCACAUUUUGAUACUUGAGCACUUCGAAAUUCGAAUAGGAUGUAUCUCAGCCAUCUUGCGGAAUUAUCAAGAAGUAAAAAAGCCUCUUUUUUGGAUCUUCAAAUAGAUUUUCGAAUUUUUCAAGAUCUACUUCUGUACGUUCAGUAAUUUCCGUUCAGUACUGAACGGAGCCAAUAAGUUCCACAGCCGAGACACUCCUCUUCGAAAUUAGUCCGUUUUGACCGUUGUGAUAAUUGGCCCUAUAGCCAACGGCCGCCACAGCGAUUCCACUGGAUUUCCAGCAGCCUUUUCUGCCAUGUCCGCUGAUUUUACCGCUAAAAAUCCGCGUGGAAUUCCCUGGAUUUUACCGCUCAAAAACCGCGUAAGCUUCCGAGAUGGAAUUAGACGCUAAAUUUCUUCCUAGCGUUCCAUGGACGUUUGGGGAACUCUGUAUAGGACCGUCUAAUAAGAAAUGUCCGCGAGUUUCCAUGGACUUUUCUCUGACGAAUAUUUCCACGGAUUUUCCUAUGGAUUAUUACCGUAUAAUCAGCAGUCAGCCCUGUAAAAAUUUGGAAAAAUCUUAUUUAUUUCUACGAAAUUCUCCGUGGAAAUUUCCAUGCAACGGCCUUAGAGGCUUCCGUGGUUUAAUAUAACGGAAUUCCACGACUUUUCCAGUGGAUUUUUUAAAUAUAUUUUUCUUCAAAAUUAUUCCAAAAAUUGAUUAAAAAUUUCGUGGAACUUUCAUAGAGAAUUUCCAGAAAAAAACAUUCGCAAAUAUGGACGAUCAGUGCCAAUUGGCAGCUUAGAACUUGGAGAGUGUUCAUUUAUCAGACGAACAUUCAAUUGUUGCAAUCUUCGUAGCUCAGCAGGUGUUCUAUUUUUGGUCCUCAACUUCUACCGAAUAAAUCAGCAAAAAUUGGCCUUAAAUGAAUGAGAAAUUAGUGAGGUUAUUAUUUGAAGCAUAAUCAGAAAAAAAUGGAUGAUUACUGAUGUAUUUUGUGAAGUAAAUGUAGGAUUCGAAAAUCGUACCGUCGUUGCGGGUGGCUUUGCACUCUGCUGUCAGACUUUCAUAAAUUCUAGCACUUAUUGAUGGUCUUCGCUGAUCCGGUCUACCAUGUCAAAGUAUAUAGGGAUAUGUUACGUACCAAGUAAGGUACAAUGAUCCCCAAAAGGAUUCUUAUAGUUUCAGUAAUAGUCAAUGAAAUGCUUAUGUAGGUAUUUUGCCAAAAAACGGCUCCGUGAAAAAGUUAUCUGAAGGUGCAAUUCCAAAAUCCAUUUCAGAGUAGUAAAUUGCCCAAAUCUAUUAUAAAUUUAUCUGGCUAGAAUAAUCCACUUCGAUUUUGUUGAUUAUUUUUAUUAAAAUAUUUUUUCCCUAUUAUCUUCCUAAGAACGCAUAAUUUAUGUUAUAAAAUUGCACAUAAUGGUCUUUCUAAAGCUUUGUUAUAGAAGUAUUUGGCUAAAAAUUAUCCAAUUUUGUGGGAACUUAAGAUAAAAUGACCGAGGUCUACAAGAUGGUAUGGUCGCCAUCUUCAUUUGACGUUUCUGUCCGUUAUUUUGAAUAACUGUCAAGACAAAAAUCUCAUCCGAUUGAGCUGAAAUUUUAGUAUGUUGUAGAUGAUGUCAAGGCCUUUUCAGAACAUAUAUAAAAUCCGACCUAGGUCAAGUGAUUGCCUGGAUAUAGGGGUUCCAAGUUCAAAAUUUUGACAUUUUCAUGAAUACAGAACUACAGGGAGCUUCUUUUAUCAAAACCAUCACAAAAAGACAGCGCUAUCGUUAGGCGAUGAGAUCUAACAAACAAACAAAAAGAAAAGUAAUGUGUUUGUUUAUAACAGUGCAUUAUUUGAGAAUCUUAUAAACUGUUUUCGCAAAGAUGAAAAAUAAAAAAUUAAUUAAAUGUACUUUUCGUUUAUUUUUUUUUUUAAAUUAUGUUAGAAUAAAUAAAUAUAUAAAAUAAAAGUCUCUACCAUUUUUAAUGGUUACUGCUGAGGCAUUUCGUUUAGGUUUCAAAAAUUCAAGGUUAAAAACUAAAGACCGCCAAAAUAUGAGUAUUACAAAAUUUUAAACUUUGAGCCUCUGUAUCUAGGUAAAUUCAUGACGUAGACUGGAACAUAGAUACGUUUUGAAAAGGUCUUGAUAUCAGCUACAACGUACUAAAAUUUCAACCCAAUCGGACAAGUUUUAGGGUUUGACAGUUAUUCAAAAUGGCGGACAGAAACGUGAAAUCAAGAUGGCUACCACGUCAUCUUCUCGUGCAUCUUACCCUUAGAACUGAAGAUCUUCAUUGUCGUUUAUUAGAAAUUGUUGAUUUUUUAGUAUUUAUUAAAAACUGCAAAGUCGUCCGCACCUUAUCCCAAGUGCAAGCCUUUUUUCUUGAUUUUUUUAACAUGGUAAAAUUUUAUAAAAUUAAUGUUAGUGGUACAAAAUCCAUUCAUUAACAACUGUAUACAAAUAAUUUUACCCAUUCACCCCCUUCCUUCACUUUAAAUAUCCACUUUUAUAGGGUAAAGUUGAAAAACAGCGAAAAAACGUGCAAAGUCACCCGCAACGACGGUAUAUUAAUUCAUGAGACUUCUGAGAAAAUACUUUUUUUUUAUUCAGACAUAUUCAAUGCAAUUCUAAUUUUUGUAAAGUUUUUUCCACAUGCAUUACCACAUUAAUUUCGACUGUCUUUAAAAGAGGAGAAAGUGUCUCGGAUUAAGGUGAAAUGGUGUGUUGUACAAGAUUAUUGGUAUUGUCCAAAGUAAAAUUUAUAGUAAUAAGAAAACAGCCACUAAACUGAAUGAAUUGCAUCCAGUGACCAGUUUUGUCUGGUUACGUUCACUUGUCCUCUGAAUUAAUAAAACAAGAAUAUUCCAUUGCGAAACGAAAAAUUUAAAUAAAUACUUCCUUGACUGUACUUACUAAAUUUCUCUUCUCCGAAGAUCAUUUCAUUUUAAUACGAUUUUUAUGCCCAGAUUAAAAAAAUAAUAAUGAAAGUCUCGUAUAUAUAAAAUCGAGAGACUUUAUAAAUUUUUUGAGUGCAUAAUUUGUCCAAGUAAUUACUUGCAAUUAAAUAAAUUUUAAUAGACAAAGUGUAGGUAAAAAUGAUUUUUGAGUAAGAAUAUAUUUCACAGUGUGAUUGCGAUAAUGUGUAAGAAUUCCAAGAAAUGCAAGAAAGAAAAUUGUUAAAUAAAUAAUUGAUUUUUAGGUAUGGUUUGCACUUACAAUUCUUAUAUACAUAUACUACAAUUUGAGAAUAAAAAAAGAAGUAGUUGUAUAAAGAACGUAGAAUUUUAGAAUGCAUAGAAAAUAUUUGAUAAAUAAAAGAUAGACUAGUAAGUUCAUUAAACUACAAUAUUUAUAUGAAGUGAAAAGAGGAGGAAGAAGAAAAAACAAGCAUAGAAAGUAGAAUUAACUUUACUAUAUACUCUUAAAAUAAAUAAUCGCGAAUGCAGAAUAUUUUAAUUAUUUAAGAUUAAUUAAAGAAUCAGAAAUUUAUUUGAGAAAAAAAAGAGCAUAUAAAAUAUUUUAUUUUUAGUUUCUAUACUUUUGUUUAGACAAAAGAACAACAACAAAAGAAAUUUAUUGAGGAAGAAACAAAUUCAAUUUUAAUAAUUCGAGUAUGAUUCCAUUUGAAAGAAUUGUGUUUUUUUUUAAGGAAGAUAAAAAAAAAGGAAAAGAGAAAGAAAUUCCCAAAAGCAAGAAAAGAGAAAAUGUGUUAACUGAAUUGUGAUAUUUACAGUGAUUCAAAAUCAAUCUUUAUGAUGGAUUAAAUUUAGUGAGUGAAAUAAUUAAAUUCUACUUAGGUGAAAAGUACUGCUUGAAA